AUGUUACAACAAGGAUAUUAUGAUGUAGUGCAAACUCAUUCCGAAGUGUCGUCGGGAAGUGAAUCGAACAAUAACACACCAUUUUCAGUAAAGGAUAUACUGAAUCUGGUGGAUCAAAAUGCUGCGGCGGCUGCUGCCGCUGCAGCCGAGGCCGAAUAUUUAGGAUGCUCCAUGGAGAGCUCAUCGGCGUCCCAUUUGAGUGUAUCCUACCCGAGCUAUGAUUCUGGGUAUCCACCUCACAACGAUCCAUAUCAGAUGAUACCACAUGGAUACAUUCCUGCGUCUCAUCAUCACCACGAUUACAGCAACUACAGUUCAUCGCCUAACACCUGCUACGACUACAACAACUCGACAGUUCCAGCACCGCAUUAUCAUCAUCAUUCGUUACCAUCCUACAGUUCCUACCAUCAUCAUGCGUCUCCAAUGAUUAAUGGCACUUCUGGAGGCAUCAGCUCCGGAAGUAGCCAUUCAGAUCUUGAACUGUCAUUAGGAGUUGUUGUCGACUCGAAAGAUUGCAGUUUUCAGAUUGAAGAUGUCCGAUCUACCAAUCCAGCAGCUGUGAGUGGGCUUGAAAUAGAUUCCAAUUCGGCCAAUACCGAAUCUCCACUGAACGAUGUUACGCAAAGUAGUCCCCAGACAUUAGUGCUUAAGAUGAAGGAUGACUCAAGCUAUCGUACCCCACAAAGCAAUACUAGUUGUGUAACCUCUGAACACGUCCAGGAGCUCGAUAGUCUAUGUCAGAUGAGUACGAGUGAUGAAAAAAUGACGCCUAAAGAAAGCAGCACUCAAUUGGUUACAUCCUCUCGAUGUGAACUUCGGAAAAACGGAAAGCUCAGGGCGAAACGGAAACCACGCAUUUUGUUUUCUCAAGGUCAAGUCCUAGAGCUGGAGCGAAGAUUUCGCCAACAACGCUAUCUUUCUGCACCAGAGCGGGAAACUCUCGCUGGAAUUUUAAAACUGACUCCAACGCAGGUCAAAAUUUGGUUCCAAAAUCGACGUUACAAGUCCAAACGGAUCCAAAUUGAAAAUGCUACCGCUGCAAAGGAAGCCGCCAGCAAAGAGGCAGACAACUGCAAGAAUGCGUCGGCCGAAUUUAUCGACGACCCAGCAGCAGGGUAUUCGAACGGAUUUGGUUCUAUGAAUUCGGUUGGGGCAGUAGUUCCGCCACCACCUCCUCCACCACCAUACCCUGCUUAUGGAAUACAGUACAGUAAUGACCCCUACGGACCUGCUCCAAAUCCGUACUAUGACCAGAAAGGUUAUUGGUAGAUGUGGAGAUAAGUGUUAAAAUAUGUACAAAACUGUAAUAAGUAACAAGUGAGAUUCAAGCAUGUUGCAUACCUUUAAAGCAGUGCCAUCUAUACACAAUUAGAUUGACAAAAACCGUUUGAAUCGAGCCUUAAUUGAUUACCAAAGAACAAGGAAAAUGUCACCAACAUAAACCGCUUUAAGUUAUAGGAUAAAUGUAGAUAGUCAAGACAAUAAACAUAGAUGAAAACCUAA